UCGAAUAAACGGAAGAGUAUAAAUUAUCUGCUCAACACAAGACAACCAUCAGUUUAUUGCCAAUUAUCAAGAAGCAAAAAUCGCCCCAAACUAAGAACACAAACAAAAUGAAAUUCCUCAUCUGUUUAGCUCUCUUCAUCGCUGCUGCCCAAGCCGGUAUUGUAGCUCCUGUAACUACAUAUUCAGCUGCUUCAGUUCUUCCAGCCUACACCACCUAUGCUGCUUCUCCAUACACUACUUUUGCAGCAGCUGCUCCUGCUUAUACUGCUUCAGUGUACAGUGCACCAGCGUACUCUACCUAUUCGGCAGCUCCUGCAGUUUACAGCGCAGCGCCAGUAGCCUAUAGUGCACCAGCGGUUUACUCCACUCUCUUCAAAAAAUAAACUCAAUUCCUCUAUGGAUAUAGCAGCUCGUGAUCUUCAUGUACUCCACACUUAUUAAAACAGAUAAACAAAAAAAACAAUAAAAUCAAAACAAUUCGGCAAAUUAAAUGUUUCUUUAGUGCAUAUUUAGCAUCUUAAUAGGCAAAAAUGGAUAUUGCAAUAUUGGCAUUAUUAGAAUGCAUUAAUAGCUUACUCUCUUUGAUUUUUUUGAGGAUUGUAGUGAUUCACAUUCUUUGAAAAUUAGUGUAAUU